AUGGCAGUCACACUACGUACAAGGGUUAAAGAGGAGCCAUACACAUCACGCAAGCCGACAUCGCAUGUCAAUAGAAGAAGAAGAAGGCGAAGAUCAUCUACUGCUUCUGUAUCCGCCUCUGAAGAGGACGACAAUGAAUCACAUAACAACGACCACUCUUCAAGGAACACUGGGAGACCCUUCGACAUCGUUGGCGAUUUGCCAUGCACCAUUGAACCACCAGAAUAUAAUUCCACUCUAUCGUAUCCACUCUCUGUGAAAGAUUCUGGGGUCCUGUAUACCUCAUUGUUAAACUCAAGAAAAUCUUGGAUUAAAGGUGAAAUGUUUGAACUUUAUUGGUCCAAACCUAUCAGAACACCAAUUGCACCAGUGACACCUAUGACAAUUGUUGGUAGGAAGAGGAAAAGUGCUAGUGUGGAGAAUGAGGGCGAUGAGAAUGGUAUUACAUCUUUAAUUAAAGAUAAGAUGCAAAAGAUGUCCGAUUGUAAUAUGCUAGCAGGUCCACAUACUUUCCCCAUUAGAUUAUUUAUUCUAAAAGAUGAAGAAAUUGAAAAAAAAUGGCAGUUGGAACAAGAUGCCAAGAAACAAGAAAAGGAAGAGAAGAAGAAAGUAGAAUUAGAGUUGAAAACACAAAGAAUGGAAGAAAGGAAAAGGAAACAAUUACAACGAAAAAAGGAAAAAGAACUGCAGAAGGAGAUGAAGGCAAAGGCAAAACUCCCAUAUGAACUGGAAAAGCAAAAGAGGAAAGAAGAAUUCAAAAAAUUGAAAGAACAGGGGAAACUAGUGAAAAAGCAACCACGAUCAAAUUCAUCGACAUCUUUAAUGUCUUUCAACUCCUCAAGUGAUUUAAAUAAGAAGGGAUUGGGACCCACCAGUGGUACAUCACUGUCACCGAAUUCAGAAAUGUCACCUCCAAUGAAUGAUCCUAAAAUGAUUGCCAAUCUAAACAGAAUGGCCAAAAAGGAUCUGAAACUAAAUAAUUUGAUGUCAGUAGUUGCUGCUGGAGGUGCAUCCCUUGAAGAGAUUGAAAAAUUUAGAGCAUUCAUUGGAAUAGCCAGAAGAAUGCCACCACCUCCAGGUUGGGUAUCCCCUAUUGGACCAACGGAGAAAACAAAACAAGCAAUAAUUAAGGAAAAAGAACAAAAACAACAGGAAGAAAAAGAAGAACAAGGACCUCAAUUGAAAGUUUCUAUGGACAAAACAAAUUCAGCAGAUAAUUCAGGCUCGACGAAUAAGAAUGAGCAUCCUAAAACAAGUGAAGUAGGAACACUCGGGGACAAAAAGGAGAAACCUAUCUCAAACAUGGAAAAGACAAAGACUGUGAGCCAGGAUCACGGUCAAUCAAUUGAUAGCAAAGCAGACAAUACCAAGGAUAUUCCAAAGGAUGAACCAGUAAAUUCUGUUGACUCAGUCAAGAAAGAAAUACUGGAUGAAAACGGAAAUGUACUAAAACCUGCGAAAAGGAAAUACAAACGACGCUCCACAUCAGAUGUCAAUCAUGAUAAAUCAAAUCAGCUUACUGGUUUCCAGCAGAAAUAUGUCAAUGGUGCAAAACUUAUCAUUGAAUAUUUGGAAUACACACAUGCGAGGUAUAUUCUGCCACAUGAUGCCAUUAUAGAGUUUGUAAAAGACUCAGAAGAAUAUAUCAUAUCUUGGAUUGUGAUUCAUAAUAAAAAAGAUAUGGAGAAACAUCUUAAGAGGCAUAAGAUGACCAUGAAUGAAUAUUUAGCCAUGGCAGAUCCACCUGUUUUGCCAUUAUUUUCUACCAUGACAAUAAAGUUUUCAGGUAUUGAAAAUAAAUUUAAAUCGAUUCUACUAAACAGUGUAAAUAAGGUAGAAGAAGUACAGAAACAAAUGGAUAGGAUCAUUGAGAUUGGCACUAGGCUGACUGGUUAUAAUCUAUGGUUCCAAUUGGAUGGAUAUGAUGAUAAUGAAAUGGCAGAGAAUCUGAGGUUUGAGUUAAAUCAAUAUGAACAUUCUAUAAAAGGAAAACGUCAAAGAAGAAAGUGA